AUGUGGAAGUUGGAGACAGCUUCCACACCCCUGCGGUCACAAUCAACGACCACAACACUUCCGUUUCGCAUCACCACCCGCACGAUAACAGACCUCUCCGAGCCAACCACAACACCGACUCCUGAACACGAGCACUUCUUCCGUUAUACGAGUGGACGGUGGCUCUGGGAUGAAGAACAGCAGCUCCGGGACAGGUAUAAGGUCUUUGAUGUUGCUGCACUCCAAAGCCUCGCGGCUAAAGCCGUUCGAUCAGACAUCUGCAUCUCCAUAACGAAGUUGGCCGAAGGAGGAUAUAAUAAGGUCUUCCGUUUGAUCAUGAAUGAUGGCAAGAAAGUGCUUGCCCGGAUACCAAACCCAAAUGCCGGCCCAGCGUUCCAUACAACUGCAUCCGAAGUUGCUACCAUGGAGCUUAACGCCGUUGGCUCGGAAUAUAUCAUUAUGGAAGAAGCAUCUGGCACACAGCUUGGAGUCAUCUGGGAUCAGCUGAAUCCGGAUAAAAAACUAUCCAUCAUGAGGGAGAUAGUGACCGUCGAGUCAAAGAUGCUUGCGGUGUCGUUUUCUCACUUUGGUAGUAUAUAUUUUGCGAGCGAGGCAGUGGAAAGCGCAGUUCCAGCGCUGCUCACCAACGGCGCUUCCUCCGAACUGAAAGAGAGAGUGCGCAAGAGAUUCAGUAUUGGGCCUACCGUCGACCGAAGCUUUUGGAAGAAGGAACGCUCGUCGAUGCAGAUCCCGCGGGGUCCUUGGCGAACGCCCCAAGAAUAUGCGCUAAGUGUCGGUCGGCGUGAACGGGAGUGGAUCAAACGGUUUGCCAUCUCAAAACCAUCAAGCGAAGCUACUCUCAUUUCCCCGGCCCAAAAUAGUCCACAGGCACAUCUGCAGCUGUUGGAGAAGUAUCUCCAAGUGGCUCCUGCUCUGAUGGACAUUGACCCCGUUCUCACUCGCCCUACGUUAUGGCACGGAGACCUUCAUUCAUCGAAUCUAUUUGUUGAUGAGGGCCGUAUCACGGCUGUCAUCGAUUGGCAAGGCUCGUGGGCCGGGCCGCUCUUUCUUCAAUCCCAACCCUCCCCGAUCGUGGACUACCCAGGCAGCAUUCUACUUCAGCGUCCCGGCAAUUUCGACGAUCUGGACCCAGAGCAGCAAGCGGAGAUCAAGCAAAAAAUCUUCAAAUCGACGCUAUACCAGCUCUAUCUUCUGAAGACGAAAGAGCGGAACCCUCUUUUUGUCCAGGCAUUCCAUCUAGACCAUGGGAAGACAAGGCGUCUACCGGUCGAAUUGGCCGGAAACACAUGGGAUGAUGACAUAGUCUCUUUCCGUGACGCACUCAUCAACGUUGAAAGACAUUGGCAAGAACUUGGCAUCCAAGGCGAAUGUCCUUAUCAUUUCACGCAAGAUGAACUACAUAGCCACGCCGUCGAUGCCGAGGGCUGGUAUGAGGUCCAGGAGUUCUUCGACCGUAUAGAAGGUCUUGUGAAACGAGAUGGCUGGACAUCUCCCGAUACGUUUGACGCUGCCUUCAACUUCUUUUCCGAACUGCGAGAACGGGGCCUGAGGCAUAUGAAGGGGCGAGAAAAGAGAGCUUUUGACAGACAGACUCGUUGGGCGAGAAAAUAG